CGACAUCCCUACCAGCUUCACUGCUGUUUUGUAUUUGCCAAUAAGUUUGCAAGUUUGGUACUUUAGAGGUCUGACCACAAGAUAAAUACCAGGAGGAAAUUUCCGAAAGAAUCUGUUGCGCCGUUUAAAAAGCCGAAAAGAUAUGAUUUCUCAAUUAAUACAACGUUCUUUGCUGCGCGGCGUCGUGCAACAGCACAGUAAAACAUGUUGGAUUAAUACGUCGGCCUUGGCUAUGCAGAAUUAUCGCUUGGAAUCUGAUACCUUCGGUGAAUUGAAAGUGCCGGCCGAUAAAUAUUAUGGCGCCCAGACUAUGCGUUCCCAGAUCAAUUUUCCAAUUGGCGGGGCUACCGAACGCAUGCCUAAGCCCGUAAUACAAGCUAUGGGCAUUCUAAAGAAGGCCGCUGCUGAAGUUAAUAAAGAGUACGGCUUAGAUCCCAAAAUAAGUGACGCCAUAUCAAAGGCUGCUGAUGAUGUUAUCUCAGGAAAGCUUUAUGAUGAUCACUUCCCUUUAGUCAUUUGGCAAACUGGUUCGGGCACACAAAGCAACAUGAACGUUAAUGAGGUUAUCAGCAACCGUGCUAUUGAGCUUAUGGGCGGUAAACUGGGCUCCAAAGAUCCCGUUCAUCCCAACGAUCAUGUAAAUAAAUCGCAAAGUUCGAAUGACACCUUCCCCACUGCCAUACACAUUUCCGUUGCUCUCGAGUUGAAUAACAAUUUGAAACCUGCCAUUAAAAUCUUACAUGAUGCUUUGAAAGCCAAAUCCCAAGAAUUCAAGAGUAUUAUUAAAAUCGGUCGCACCCAUACUAUGGAUGCAGUACCGUUGACUUUGGGACAAGAAUUCAGCGGCUAUACGCAGCAAAUGGUAUAUGCAUUAGAUCGCAUUGACGCUUGCUUGCCACGAGUCUACGAAUUGGCCUUAGGCGGCACGGCAGUGGGUACCGGCUUGAAUACUCGUGUGGGCUUCGCUGAGAAAUGCGCGUCCAAAAUUGCCCAAUUGACUGGUUUACCGUUUGUAACAGCACCCAAUAAAUUCGAGGCUUUAGCUGCUCGGGACGCUAUGGUUGAAGUUCAUGGCGUUCUAAAUACUAUAGCAGUCAGUUUAAUGAAAAUCGGUAAUGAUAUACGCUUUCUCGGUUCCGGUCCUCGUUGUGGCUUGGGUGAACUUAUGCUGCCCGAAAACGAGCCCGGUAGUUCUAUUAUGCCGGGUAAAGUAAAUCCUACACAAUGUGAAUCGUUAACUAUGUUAGCUGCUCAGGUAAUGGGUAAUCAGGUAGCCGUUACUGUGGGCGGCUCAAAUGGACAUUUUGAAUUGAAUGUUUUCAAGCCGUUGGUAGUAUCCAAUGUUCUGCGUUCCAUACGUUUAUUGUCCGAUGGCAGCCGCACCUUUACGGCCAAUUGCGUGCAGGGCAUUAAAGCCAAUACAGAUCGUAUUAGUAAGAUUAUGAAUGAAUCAUUAAUGUUGGUUACCGCUUUAAAUCCUCACAUUGGCUACGAUAAGGCAGCCAAAAUAGCCAAGACUGCCCAUAAGAAUGGCACUACUCUGAAAGAAGAAGCCAUUAAAUUAGGUUUCCUUACCGAAGAGCAAUUUAAUAAAUGGGUUAAACCUGAAGAUAUGUUGGGCCCCAAAUAAAUUCAAAUCCUAAAAAGUCAGAUAUAUUUUAUCAAUUUUUUAUUUAAGCCGAAAAGUUUUCGA